UAAAAACUAAUGAAUAGUAACUAUUUAAAUAGUGCAAUGACAUUUUCAAACGUCAAUUUUUUAUCUAUGUUCAUUGCUUUAUAUGUGAUGAUUUUCUUUUCCAACGCAGUGGAUACAAACGAGACAUGUUUGGUGACAAUUUAUGAACCGUUACCUGGGGAAAUUCCGUCAGUCAUUUCCAUAAUGUCCAGAUUAUACGAACAGCACCAGUGCAUUGGGGUUCUGAUUACUCGUUGGCACACGAUGACUACUUGCAGCUGCUUGACCAUCUCGUCACGCGGAAGAAUGCAAAGCAGACUUAUAUGGGAUGAUUAUAUUCUUGUAGCCGGGAUUACGACCCUCGUUAAUGUAAAAGAAAAAGGGCAGGUGAGAGAUGUUAAAGUUUUCAUUGUACAUCCCGGCUGUGCCAAAGAUGGCAAUCUGAUCAAAUACGACAUCGGGUUUGCAGUUUCAGUAAACCCUUUUGAUCUGGGGAAAUAUGUGCACACUGCCAUUAUUCCAUUUGCGAAAGAGGGCCAGAAUCCUCCAGAUUUUUUAAGUAUGUUAGCACCAAGAGGAAAUUAUAUAACGGCAUCACUAGUCUCCUGGUCCAAAGCAUCUAACACAAAAAGCCAAAGAAUGUUAGUCGUCCGCAUGGCCAUCAAUUCUGUUCAAGAGUUGAGAUUCAACCGAGUCCACACAGACAACCAAAAAUUCCACCAUUUUUACACAUGUCUAACUUUUAAAACAAAGUUUUGCCCAACGUUUGACGAGGCGGCAGUUCUGUCAGACGACAACGAAAUUUUGGGCGUGAUUACCGGCUUAAAAGAUCACUGUAAUAGCAAGCUCGCUUGCUUCACUAGAAUAGAUAGCAUGUUGGGAUGGAUAGAACACGUUUUAAGCAACGGAAAUGUUGGAAAAUUUAAUGCUCCAAUAACCCUUAUUAUUUUAUCAUUAUUAUAUCCGUUACAGUCUGUUCUUUGA